CGGUGGCUAAAAGCGAUAAUUGAUUUGAUUGAUCAACUUAAAUCAACUCUUCACUUUGCGAGUGGUCACUUCGCAUGAAGUGUAGGCGCAGAAAAGAGGUGUUUUGCAGUUUAGGAAGGAACGGAUUGAAGGGGAAACGAGCCGCGAUACCAGCUCGUACCAUUUGUAGGAUCAAAAGCUCAGAAACUUCAAAGAGGAGAUCGCCUGCAAAAGAAAACAGAAUGAUGUCUCCACGAGCAGGAGAUGCAGGCUGUUAAGAAAUACAUCACUUGUUUUAUAUAGAGGAACAUGUGGGGGUGGACGCAAAUAAUUUGUAAUGCUGAAAUAUGAGAGAGCGAAACUGAGGCGGGUGAAUCGGGCACGCCAAAGGGGAGACAGUGUGUGUGUGUGUUCAGUGAAGUUAAGCUUACCAAAAAACCUGCAAGGAACAGGAUUUCUCAAAGUGGGGUAAAACUUGACGCAUAUUCGCUGACACAAGGGGGGAAUCGAGCGGCCGCUUUCCCUCGCUUCUUCCAAACACGCUUCAGCGCAGCGCGCGCUUCAGCACCCCUCGGCGUCUCGCCUUUAUAACACUUAUUAUCAGGCGCCUUUGAGAACGGAGAAGUUGCGGCGUCCCACGCUACGUCCAAGUGAAGAUUACAAUGAAAGUGGCGAAGUUCCGCCGAGCAUCAUGGAUUCUUUCAUUGACUGUUUACAUCUGUAUUGUCACUGAAAGUUAUUCACAAGAAAGGCAGGGGUAUCUGAUCGCUGCUCCCUCUGUGUUCCGUGCGGGUGUGGAGGAAGCUCUGAGCGUUACCAUCUUCAACGCCGUGGCGGACACGCAUGUGCAGGUGCAGUUGUCCGUGAAAGGCGAGGCCGUGGCCCACAGCCAUGGCACCGUGCGCGACAAAGGCACAAUCAAAUUGAAGGUGCCCCCCGGGCUGCGUGGACAGGCCCACCUGAAGGUGUGGGGCAACCGGCAGCUGACGGAGGAGGGCUACAUCUUUCAGAAUUACACCACCGUAACGGUGGACAGCAAAGGCACAGCCGUCUUCAUCCAGACGGACAAGCCGGUGUACAGACCCCGGCAGAAAGUGCUUAUUAAUGUGUAUUCAGUCAUGCCAGACCUGAGGCCAGCGAAUGACAAGAUGGACGCUUACGUUGUGGACCCGCGAGGAUCCCGGAUGAUUCAGUGGACAGACCCCAAACCUUUGUGUUGUGGAAUCGUGAAUGUGAGUUUCCCCCUGUCGGACCAGCCGGUGUUUGGCGAGUGGCUCAUCUUCGUGGAGAUGCAGGGACACACUUACAACAAGUCCUUUGAGGUGCAGAAGUAUGUGAUGCCCAAGUUUGAGUUGAUUAUCGAUCCGCCCCGAUACAUCCGUGACCUGAACGCAUGUGAACAGGCGACAGUGCAUGCCAGGUACACAUUUGGGAAACCAGUAGUGGGCAAGCUGACGGUGAACAUGACGGUGAACGGAGUGGGAUAUUACCGUCAUGAACUGGGCCAUCCAGUGGUGAAGACCAUGGACAUCAAAGGAUCUGUGACCUUUGACCUCUGCGUACGGGAAAUGAUGCCCGUCGACGUGGCUGACCACUUCCGGGGCACGGUCAACAUAUGGGCGUCAGUGAACAGUGUGGAUGGGGGACGGCAGACCAUGGUCCAUGACUCGACACCUGUCCAUAAGCAGCUGAUCGACAUAAAGUACUCCAAGGACACGCGCAAGCAGUUCAAACCUGGUCUACCCUACAAAGGCAAGGUGGAGGUGACCUACCCAGAUGGGAGCCCGGCGGACGGGGUUAAGGUGAGAGUAAAGGCUGAGCUGACGCCCAAGGACAACGUGUACACCAGCGAGCUGACGUCCAGAUCGGGCCAGGCCGUUUUCGAGAUUCCCUCAAUCCCUACGGCCGCUCAGUAUGUCUGGUUGGAGACCAAGGUCACGGCGAUUGGCGGCAGGCCAGCUGGAGACCAGUACCUUCCUAAUUACUUGUCAAUCAGCAGCUGGUAUUCACCCAGCAAGUGUCACAUCCAGCUACAGAGUCCCAGUAGACCUCUGCAGGUUGGUCAGGAGGCUGAGAUUGCUCUGAAAUCUACCUGCCCCUGUAACUUCACACUGCACUAUGAGAUAGCUUCACGCGGAAACAUUGUACAGUCUGGUAAACAGCUGGCGAAUGUCACCAAUCACCGUGCCAAGAGAGCAACUGUCACCUUUGACAAAAAUAUCCACGCCACGUUGCCCCCUAGUGGCUCUGCCUCUGCAGCCUCUUCGGCACACAGUGAGGCAGACGUUUGCGUUUCCGCUCUGGCCUUCGCUGUCACUCCCAGUAUGACGCCGCUCAGUCGCUUACUGGUGUACUACGUGCGGGAGAACGGGGAGGGAGUGACCGACAGCCUGCAGAUUCCCGUGCAGCCCAGCUUCGAGAAUCAGGUGUCUGUCUCUCUUUCUACCAACGAGUCGAUGCCAGGUGAACCUGUCAGUCUGCGGGUCAAAGGUGAGAAGGGAUCCUGUGUCUGCGUGGCCGCUGUGGACAAGAGUCUCUAUCUCGUCAAACCUGGCUUCCAGCUCAGCAUAGACAAGGUGUUCAGGGAGCUUGUUGAAUUUGACGUGUCUGAUGCCUUUGGAGCACCCAAGGACGACGGACACUUUUGGUGGCCAGGACUGUCAUCGCGUCGAAAGAGGCGCUCGUCAGUGUUCCCCUGGCACUGGGACAUCACCAAAGAUGCCCGCUUUGCCUUCACGGAAGCCGGCCUGGUAGUGAUGACUGACUUGGUGAGCCUCAAUCACCGGCAGAGCGGGGGCAUGUACACCGAUGAAGCCGUGCCAGCCUUCCAGCCCCAUACGGCCACGCUGGUGGCCUCGCUGCCCCCCCGCGCCGUGCCCAGGGCAGAGAAACGCAGGCGCACGUUUUUCCCGGAGACGUGGGUAUGGAUCUGCCUCAACAUCAGCAAUGUAACUGGAGAAGCUGAGCUGCAAUUGGACGUUCCCGAUUCCAUUACUACCUGGGUGACCGAGGCGAUUGGCUUGUCAGAGGAAAAGGGGUUGGGCCUGGCCCAGAGGGCGGAGCUGCGUACAUUUAAGCCAUUCUUUGUGGACUUCACUCUGCCGUACAGCGUCAUCCGCGGGGAGCAGACCAAAGUGCCCCUUACAGUCUAUAACUACCUGCCCUCCUGUGCAGAGGUCUAUGUCAAGGUAUCUGUGCCCAAAGGGAUCAAGUUUGUGGGGCACCCUGGAAAGUAUUACCUGACCCGCAAGAAGUGUGUUGCUGCGGGGGAGGUCACCCCCACAUCCAUCGUCCUGUCUUUCGCUGAACUGGGCGCAUCAAACAUCACAGCACGUGCCGUGGCCUACAGUGAACCAGGGUGCUGCAGCGAUGCGUUCCAGGCCACCAGACCAGGGAGAGGACCUGAGGAGACGGAGGACCGGAGGACACCUAUCGGCAUGGACUUUGUGCGCCGGAGCGUGCUGGUGGAGCCAGAGGGCGUACCCAGGGAAUACACCUACAGUGUCUUCUUCUGCCCCAACGAAAGGAUACACAUCUCCACACCCAACAAAUACGAGUACCAGUACGUGAAGAAGCCUGGACGCAUGACGCACUUCGAGGCGGCGGUGAAGACCCACAACGACGCCCACUUCGCCCUGUCGGCCAGCCCCCACGACAGCGCCGAGAUGGUAGAGAUAGUGCUGGGCGGUAGGCAGAACACUCGCUCCUGGAUCUCGCUGGGAAAGAUGGGCGACCCGGUGGCCAGCGCCGUCACACCCGGCAUCCUCUCCUGGGACGAGUUCCGCAGUUUCUGGAUCAGCUGGAAGGGCGGCGUGGUCCAGGUUGGCCACGGUGUGCAGCCCUCCAACGACACGGUGAUCAUGCAGUGGGGGGGGGCCCUGCUGGCUCAGGUGCGGCACGUGGGAUUCUCCACCGGCUGGGGCUCCGUGGGGGAGUUCAAGAUCUGGCGCAAGGAGGAUGUGGACGAGAACCACAACGAGGCGUUCACCCUGGGGGUCCCGCACAAUGUGGUGCCUGGAUCGGAGAGGGCCACAGCCUCCAUGAUCGGGGAUGUUAUGGGUCCUACGCUCAACAACCUGGACAACCUGCUGCGGCUCCCCUUCGGCUGCGGUGAGCAGAACAUGAUCCACUUCGCACCCAACGUCUUCGUGCUGAAGUAUCUGCAGAAGACCCAGCAGCUGAGCCCCGAGGUCGCGGCCGAGGCCACAGACUACCUGCUGCAAGGUUACCAGAGACAGCUAACCUAUAAGCGGCAGGAUGGCUCCUACAGCGCCUUUGGCGAGAGGGACUCAUCCGGCAGCAUGUGGUUGACGGCCUUCGUCCUGAAGUCCUUCUCUCAGUCACGCGGGUUCAUCUUCAUCGACCCGGAGGAGCUGCAGGCUGCCAAGGCCUGGCUGAUCAGACACCAGCGAGAGGAGGGCUCCUUCCCAGCUAUGGGCAGGAUCCUCAACAAAGACCUCCAGGGUGGGAUUCAUGGGAAAAUUUCCUUGACUGCAUAUGUGGUGACGGCCCUCCUGGAGACGGGGAUAUCUACUGAGGAGGAGAAGAUGGCAGUAUCCAAGGCCAGGGGCUUCCUGGAGGCUAACGCUUACUCCGCCGAUGACCCGUACACCGCGGCUCUGUCGGCCUACGCCUUGGCGCUUCUACGCAGCCCCUAUGCCCCCCUCGCCCUGCGGCGGCUCAACCACAUGGCUAUCACACAGGAUGGUUUCACCCACUGGAGCCUGACUGGCAGCACGGUGACAGAUGAGGACACCUUCAUGGGCUUCAGUGACGGCCUGUCUCAGUCAGUCGUGUCAGCGGAGGUUGAAAUGACCGCCUACGGCUUGCUCACCUACUCGCUGCUGGGGGACGUGGCGUCCGCCCUGCCCGUGGUGAAGUGGCUCUCCCAGCAGAGGAAUUCCCUUGGUGGUUUCUCCUCUACACAGGACACAUGCGUGGCCCUGCAGGCUUUAUCAGAAUAUGCCAUCCUGUCAUACAUGGGCGGAGUCAACCUGACCAUCUCCCUGGCCUCCACCAAUCUGGACUUCCAGGAAACCUUCGAACUGCAUAGAGGCAACAAAAAGAUCCUGCAGAGCGCCAAGCUGUGUGAAGAAGAACCUCAAUUAGCAUGUGUGACACGUGCCCUUUUCAUGGGACUUUAUCCGUUUACCUUUUGUUUGAGGGUUUUGCUGCAUGACGACUUGGGAAAAUGUUCCCUCCGCUUGUUUUGUCUUUGUCUCCCCAGGUGGCUUCACUCCGGCUCCUCCAACAUGGCCGUGUUAGAGGUGCCGCUUCUGUCUGGCUUCCGUGCCAACGUGGAGAGCUUAGAGAAGCUGUUGAUGGACAAACGGGUCGGCCUGAAAAGGUACGAGGUGGACGGAAGGAAGGUUCUCUUCUACUUCGACGAGAUCCCCAGUCAGUGCAUGACCUGUGUCAGUUUCCAGGCCGUCAGGGAGUACAUUGUGGGCAAGACGGCGCCCAUGCCUGUCAAGGUCUAUGACUAUUAUGAACCAGCGUUUGAGGCCACGCGGUUCUACAACGUGAGCGAGAACAGCCCCUUGGCCCGCGAGCUGUGCGACGGCACCACCUGCAACGAGGUGGAAAGCUCUGCUAACCAGUGGAAAGGAUUUGCACAGGGGAACCAGUGCAACAAUGUCUUUGGCUGUCCGGAAGAGGAGCACUUUGAGCGCUGCACCUGCUACCAGGACUGCGGAUACGAUGGCGACCCAGUGUGCGGCUCCGAUGGUCAGCUCUACCAGAACCAGUGCCAGAUGGAGGCGGCCGCCUGCCGCAACGGGACCCACAUCCAGCAGAUGCCCCUGGCCCAGUGCCCCCAGAUAGAGCCAGCUGCAGAGGAACGGCAGCCAGUGACAAGGCCGAUGCAAGUGCAGGAACCUGAGGCCACACAGACAGGAAAAGAGGAGCAUGAGUCACUAGCGGAAGCGUCAGACUACUUCUAUGAAUACGGCGCGGAGAGCGAGCCCUUCCCUGCAGAGGAGGACGAUGGCAGCCAGACGGAAGGACCCCACGACAGCCUGUUGCACCCGGUGGACACCAAGGACACCCCUGAGCGAUGAAGUGCCCCCCCCCCCACCCCCUGGGCCACAGCGCAAGACAUUCCUCAGCUGUACAGUGCUUGUAAAUAAACCACGGUGAGGGGAGAGUGAAGAGGAACAGGGUUGGGGGGGGGGGAGUGAGAGGCACGGGGAGAGCAGAGCGUGUGGGCGGGAGAAGUUUGCUCAGAUCGACAAUUCCGGCCGUCUUUUACACCCCCACCUUACCCUCACCAGCAAGCGUCCCUUUAUUCUGUGUCUGUAUGAUGUUUCAUAUAAUCUCCAGCGUAAACGAACAAGUAUUUAUGUUUGUAAUUAUACUUGAGUUAAAACAAA